UAUCAUUCGUGGUCGUCUGCUCCACAUAUUCAAUAUUGUGAAAUUUAAAAAAGUUUAAGCAAAACUGAAAUAAUUAAUCAAGUAAAAAUGGAUAAGUGGAUACGUGAACGUUUGAAAAACUGUUUGGAGUUCGAAGUCCCAGAUGAUAUGAUCAAAUACAUUUUGUCAAUGAAAUCAUCAACAGAGUUCGAUGAGUACUUUGAAACUCUACUUAAUUCAGAAUGUGAAGAUCAUCGGUCAUUUAUGACGGAUUGUAAGCAACGGCUUUUUAGCAAACCGCUGCACAAUAAACGUUCGCCACAACCUAAUAAUAACCAACAACAGAAACAAGCAAAAUCUGUUCAAAACAGUGUACAAAAUAAACAAAAUCAAAAUACUUUGGCGCUGGACGGUAAAUUUGGCAAACAACAACAACAGCAACAAUCACAAGGUGCUAAGAAAAAGUCCAAAUAUGUCAAUUUAUACACUAGCGACGGCAGUGUUAGUGGGGAAGUGAUAAUGUUAAAAGGACGACGACUCUGUGAUUGUCAAGCCUCUCAGCACAAGUUAAUCAAUAACUGUUUGGGUUGUGGACGCAUAGUUUGUGAGCAAGAAGGUAGUGGACCAUGCUUGUUUUGUGGCGAUAUUGUUUGUACCAACGAAGAAAUGCAAAUAAUGAAAGGAGAUUCUAAAAAAGGACAGAAUUUGUUGAAAUCAUUGAAAGAGAAAGGUGGUGGAGAAUCAUUGAAAAAGGCAUUGGAACAACGAGAUCGGUUGUUGGAGUAUGAUCGGAAUAGUGAGAAACGUACGACAGUUAUUGAUGAUGAGCUCGAUUAUUUUGAGGAAAAUUCUGUUUGGCUAUCCGAAUCAGAGCGUGCUAAGUUCGAACAGCUGAAACAAGAAAUGCAUGAGAAGAAACAUGAGAGUCGCGCUAAACGCAAAAUAAAGAUCGAUUUUGCUGGGCGAGAGGUGGAAGAUGACCCACCCAUUACAGCUGAUUUUGAGAACCGUGUGUUAAAGGAAAUUGCUCAAGCAAAAGCUGCCGCUGGUGACAAAAAUAACUGGUCUAACCGAAAGAAUACACAAAAAAUUACACCGGACACAUGUGGCACAGAUCCAAACAUGGAUGAUGAACAUCGUCCAGUUUAUAAGCUUACCGCUGAAGGAAAGGCAUUCGCUGCUGAUGGGUCCAUUAACAAAGGUUUAGGAGAAUGUACAUAUAAUCGUGUUCAAGAUAAGGAGUUAUUAGAAAUGCAGGAUAUGCGUCAUUGUCUUUCCAUGCAUCAACCAUGGGCAUCCCUGCUUGUGGCCGGUAUAAAGAAGCACGAAGGGCGUGUUUGGUAUAGUGAACAUCGUGGGCGCUUAUGGAUAGCGUCAACCGUAAAAGAUCCACAUCCAGAAGAAAUUGAAGAACUUAAAAACUUUUACAAGACUCAUUAUAAUGAUCCUAGCAUUACAUUUCCGGAGCACUAUCCAACAGGUUGCUUAUUAGGCUGUGUUCGUGUGGAUGACUGUCUGGCACAAGAAGAGUACCGCGAAAUAUAUCCAGAUGGAGAGUCCGAAAGUCCAUAUGUCUUUGUUUGCUCAAAUCCACAGCAGCUGCCUGUAGUUUUCCCUGUUAAGGGGCAGCAUAAAAUUUAUCAAAUUGACCCCAAGAUCCAUAAUGCGGCUUGCAAAACAUUACUUCGUUUGAAAAAUACAAAAAACUAAGGUGAUUUUCAUACAUACGUUCUAAAAUUCACUGAUGUUUGAACGUCUUGAAAUGAAAAACUCAAUUCUAUGAAA